AUUCAAAAGUCGAACUAUGAAACCCUAUCUAAAUGACAGCUGUGUAAAAAUAAUCCUGAGAGGAAAAAAGUAAACACGCAACGCAGCAAAUCAACAAAGGACUAAAUAUUUUUGGAGUUUUCCGGAAUAUUUAAUCAUCGGUGAAGUAUAUCACGAGUUAGGUGCCCUAAGAGGCGUACAGAACAUUUUGUAUUGUCGAUUUUCAGUUGCCGGCUUAGGUGGAGAUGUCGGCAUUUACCGAGACAGCUUUUCUAAAAAAGUUGGCAGAGCUCAAUUCAAGUCAGCAAAGCAUCCAGACAUUAUCCCUGUGGCUGAUACAUCACCGCAAACAUCAUGCCAGUAUUGUUAAGACUUGGUUGCGUGAAUUGCAUGGAGUACCCGAACCAAAAAAAUUGACAUUCAUGUAUUUGGCCAACGAUGUUAUACAAAAUAGCAAAAAGAAAGGUCCCGAAUAUGGUAAGGAAUAUAUGAACGCAUUGCCCAAAGCUUUUGCCCACAUUGGAGAAACAUGCAGUACCGAAAAACUGUUUGGCAGUUUGGGACGCAUUCUUAAUAUAUGGGAAGAAAGAGGUGUUUAUGAUUCGAAAAUUAUUGAUGAUUAUCGAACUCGCUUGAAUUGCAAAAAGGGCUUAGACAACACGGCUACCUCUGCUGGAGCGGACGAGAGACGUGAAUCGAAACGUAAACAUGAGGAUAACAAACAUCGUUCCAAAAAGACUCGUCCAUCACCUUCGCGUGUAGAAGAGAAAACAUCGAGUAGUAAUGUUUUGGAACACAAUGGGGAUGGUGAUAAUAGUCCCUAUGUUCCAUUGGGAGAACCACCCGAACCUGAAGAUCUCAUUAAAGCACUGAUUAGCAUUGAAAAUUCUGCCUCAAGUGAUGCUGUUGUUCGUGAACGAAUUGCCAAUCUGCCUCCGGAAAUAUCUGAAGUCAGUUGCCUAUCUAAAUUGGAGGACAAGGAGGCUGCUCAAAAUUUAGCUAAACAGGUAAAUGAAGCUGUUGAACUUUUGAAUGACUACAAUUCAAGACUUGCUGCCGAAAUGGAAGAGCGUACAAAACUUGCAGUGAUGUUGCGUGAUUUUCAGGCAGAACAAAAGGAACUCCUUGCUCAAGCAGAAAAACGUUUAGAGGAAUCUAAAAAGAAAAAGGAAAAGGUUUUGGCUGUACAAAAAGAGAUACGGGACCAUCUCUCGAACUUGCCCGAUCUUACUCAAUUACCAGAUGUAACUGGUGGUUUGGCUCCACUACCAUCGGCUGGCGAUCUAUUCAGUAUCCAUUGAAGCUAUUGUCGCGUUCUACAAUGGAAAUUCUAUGAAUUUUUUAUUGAAUGAUAUGUGAAUGAUAAACAACAAAAUCAUUAUUAAGAUUGACAAACGUAAAAAAGCUCUAGUUUUAAGAUAUUUUUGGACAAAAUUUGAAAUUUAUUGUUAGACAAAAACCAAACAAAGCUAUUGGAAUUAUACAAACAAAUGUUGACACA